CCGCGUGGGCUGCCGGUGCUGCGGCUGCCGGUGCGGGAGCGGGAGCGGGGCGGCCGGCGGAGGCCGCGGCGGAGGGUGGCAAAACACCAGGGAACCUCGGGAUGUCUGUCAUUCAGCAGGGGACAGCCACGCUUCGCAAAGCAAAGAAAGUCGUUGUCAAAACAUGUCUGGACAACCCCUUUGUUUUUCAGUGGAAAACCAUAGAUGGAGAAGAUAUGCAUUUUAUACUACAGACUUUAGAAGAAAGGAUUAAGCAUGUUGGAAUUAAAAAGAUUGAGACUCAAAGAAAGAAGAAACGUUCCCUCACAAAAAGACAAACGGGAAGCGCGUGUGAUGCUAGCGCCGAUGAGCUCCCUCGGGAAGCGGGGACAGAAGGCCAGCGACAGAAACCAGGAUGGACUGACAUAAGUAUCCGCAGACAGCUUGCUAUUGGGGUGAACGAAGUUACAAAAGCACUGGAAAAGAACGAACUACUUCUCCUGCUGGUGUGCAAGUCUGCAAAACCUGCCAUGAUCACAUCGCAUCUUAUUCAGCUGAGCGCAAGUCGAGCCACGCCAGCCGGCCAGGUUCCCCGCCUCAGCCAGACGGUUGCCCCGCUUCUUGGCUUAACCUCCAUCUUAGCACUAGGCUUUAAAAAGCAGUCUGAUAAAUUUACUGAAGCAAUAGAAGCAAUCAUUCCAAAGAUACCAGCUUUGGAAGUGCCGUGGUUUCAGUACAGAACUGAAGAAUCUUAUGCGCAAACAGAUUGUUCAGAAAAUCAGGAACUGGAGCAGCUGGGGGAUGAGCUCACAAGCCAGAAGCGGAAGCGUGUGGAAAGCAAUCAGCUCAGUCUCUCAGAUGUGAUGUUGCAGCCUUUGAAAAUCAAGAAACUUGUUCCAAAUCCGGAUAAGAUAAAGAAACCCCCUCGCAAAAAGAAAAAAGCUUUUUCAGCCUGAGUUCUGCUUGGUUCUUUGUAUUAAACUGUUUGUUUUAAUGCAGUAUGAAGUACAGCUCUGACAACUAUUUGUUAGGCUUUACAGGGUAAAGAACUUGUAUUCAAGGUGAAUUCCAUGUUGCAUUCAGUUGUGAUACUUUCUGCUUUAAUAAAGAAUAUUGCUCAAA